AGACAUUUCGAUGCCUUAAUGUUUCUAUGCGUGAAAUGCAUCAAUGUGACCUCUAUCUACGAGAAAGAUGCCCCCUUUCUUCCAAAAAUAAAACCACCAGAAAAAAUCGACACGGCCUGGCGGGAUAGACCAAAAAUAGAAACAAAUCGGAUAGAAUGUACACGUGCUGUAACAACGCAUCGCUGUUAUUCAAUUCCAAUUUUGUUCCUGGGACUUGUAUUAUCAUCCACAAAAACAUUGAUCAAUAAUACAUUAUGGGUAUAUGCAUUACAAUGUUCCGAUUUUUGCAAUGGAGGAGUCUCCAUUGCAUACUGAUAAGACCUUAAUAAGUCUGACGGUCAGUUACGAACGCGGAUUGCAUCGAGAUAAGACGAACAGCGUCUCCGGACAGUAGCAUUGUAACAUCAUGAAACACUCCUUUGUGGCUUCAAUUGUAUCUCUAUUAUUAGUGGCCUUUUUGUUUCAAUUCCAAAUAUCAGCCAUAAGUCAAGAUGCAGUAUCGUUUAGGAUUUUACAAGUGAAAUCUUACUACUUUGGAUCCACUUUUAAGCUAAACUGGCACAAGGCGGCUGCGUUUUGCAGGUCCCAAGGAUUGUUCCUAGUGUCGAUCAACAACCAAGCACAACUAGACGGAAUCAUUGAGUACAUAAAGAAUAGUGGAUUUUUCCGCACCGAGAAGAAUCUUCAAAUGUGGACAUCGGGCAAUGAUCUGGGAGAGCAAAAUCAAUUCAUCUGGACAUCGACGGGCGAACGGAUAGUAUUGGAUCGGUGGUCAGUGGGUGAGCCUAACCAUGCAAAGGUGGACAAUUGUACAGUGGAGCAGUGUGUAGUACUUCAGCACUAUGAACCUCCAGUGGCUGGUGGAGCUAACUAUUCGCUGGACGAUAGGGCUUGCCAGAGGCAGUACUUCUUCAUGUGCGAAUCGUUGGAUGGUUAGAAGCGUUAUUUUAUUCAAUUUAUGACAAGGUCGAGCUGGGUGGGUUCGUACUAGUAGUGGAUGAAAUAGUUUUGAGAAGUUACCUUAACGAAAUAGUAGCAACAUGUGUAAUAGAUCUUCGAUAACAAUAAACGAAAGUGUAGAGCAAAUUUGGUUGUAU